AUGUGGUUCCUCCUCCUCCGCCUCUUCAAAUUCGGCUUCAAAGCCCACAAGACCCACAAGGCCAAAAAGAACGGCACCUACGACCCUUCCUCUUCCUUUCCGAUGUCCACCUCCAACAAAACCGGCACCACCACCACCAUAACCACGAACAACAUCCCUCCACACCUCCGCCGCAGCAAACCCAAACACUACCUCAACCUCUGCCUGCACAUCUGCCAGCUCGUCUUCGGGCUGACCACGCUGGCCCUCUACGCGCACCACAUCCACACCAUCCACGACUCGAGCCCGACGGCCACCGCCGGCGCGAAAUGGGUGUACGCGAUCGUGACGGCCCUGCUGGGCUGCGGCACCGCGAUCGCCUACAUCGUGCUGAUGCAGUACAUCCUGAAGACGCGGGUGCCCGUGGCGCGGCGGGCGAGCUGGCAGCUGCCCCUGUUUGUGUGGGAGGUGGUGCUGUGUGUGGUGUGGUUGACGCUGUUUGGGAUCUUUGGGAGUGAGUAUCUGGGCCGCAAGUCGGCGACGGAGAAGGAGAACUUCUGA